UACAAUUAAUCUCAUAUGGAAAUCAAAAUUUAACAUAGCAACAUUCAUAUGUAAAAUAAAAGCAUCCUCAAUAAAAAAUAUAUUAGUUCUUUACAUUGUUAUACAAGAGAAAAAUCCAACAAACCUAUUCCGGCUUUCAGACGAUAGUGGUAAUAACUCGCAAAUAGACUGAAUUUCAGGAUAUGAAUAUGAUGAUUAAAAUGUAUGAAUGAAGUGCGAGUCAAAGCAAUUGAAUGGAUUGCUUCAUGAUACACCAGAUCAAAUUAAGCGAUGAAAAUUGGGAAAAAAAUAACAGAACAUGAACCCCAAUUCGGAAUGGGACGAUGAAAAUGAUGAGACAAUAGUAUUUGACUCUGAUGCUGCCAAGGAAAGCAUAAAAAACAUAAAAUGCACCUUCAUCAAAUUGGUUCUCAACCAGAUAUCAAGAUUAAAGAAGAGUGUCAAUGAAAGCAGUCAAGAAUUUGAAACUUCUGAGAGCCUGAAAAUAAAGUGUAAAAAACUAACAACAGGUUAUACAAAAUCAAGCCAGUCUUUUAGACAAAGCAAUGUAAAUACAACCAAAAGCCUGCAAUCAUCAAAAAUAAUAAGCAAGAGUGAAUCACAAGUAACAGGAGUGAUUGAAUGCGGCGAAGAUCCAAUUAUUAGUCCUGCUAGACAACAUUUAGUCAAAAGUGUCAAAGAUACUCAACAUCAGCAAGAACCAAGUCCACCACAACUCUUUCAACAGCAACCCCAAGGGAAACCCAUACUGAAAUUUCUAAAAGCCGCAUUACUACUCGCUUUCAUUCUAUGGGGCAUCCUGUUUGUCGUUUCGUUUUCUAGACAACAGCUUUGCUAUCAUUUUCCCAUAAGGUGUUGGUGUAUUGAUCAAAUUAGAAUCCCUUAUUGAUAUGAAAACACUGUACUGUUGAAACAUUGAUUCAUCAAUAAACACAUAGUACAAUUUUACUACAAAAAUCCUGUAAUUAUUACAAGAGAUAAAACAAAUAAUUUAUUUUCAAA